AUGGAGUUUGAUUUUCCUUAUGUGGAGCUGCUAAGAAUCCUCUCCUAUCUGGUUGGCAUCAGUUUGCUACAGGCUGCCCAAGUGAACAAGGACUGGAAUGCAAUUGCAAGCAGUGAUAUCCUGUGGAAGAAGCUGUGUGUGAAGAGAUGGCACUUCUGUGAGGACGUCACCCCGCAGCUCCUGGGCACAAAGACAUGGAAGCAGUUCUCUCAUUAUAAAAUAUGGCAAGAACACACUAAGUCCCGGGUAAAGCCAGAAGAUUUCACUUACAAGGAAAUUUAUACGGAGAUAACAGUUUACUUCUCCACCUUUCCCCCUAACCUGACCAGGGAGAAGCAUCUGGACAAAGGGGGAAAGGCUCUAACAAUUAAUCCUUUACUUAAUAGCCUGCUGUUUUACAUUGAGGUUGAACCCAAGAGACUGCAGUUUCUGGCCUCAAGGUAG